GGCCACCUAAUAUUUUGACGUCUGCGGGUCCUCACGGGAGGGAGUGUUUACAUAGUCGUCACAGCUGUUUCCCGGAAGAUCAAGUUUGGAUAUAUCUGCAUCAUGUUUCAUGGUAUACCAGUUACAGGAGGUGUGGGAGGAGCUCCGGCCAAUAAACCUGAGUUAUAUGAGGAGGUUAAAUUAUACAAGAAUGCAAGAGAACGAGAGAAGUAUGACAACAUGGCAGAGUUGUUUGCUGUUGUCAAGACCCUUCAGGCCCUUGAGAAGGCUUACAUCAAAGACUGCGUGACACCAAAUGAGUACACUGCUUCCUGUUCCAGGCUGCUGGUUCAGUAUAAGGCUGCUUUCAAACAGGUGCAGGGCUCUGAUGUGGGGUCCAUCGACGAUUUCUGCCGAAAAUACAGACUCGACUGCCCACUAGCCAUGGAAAGGAUUAAGGAGGAUCGGCCAAUCACCAUCAAAGAUGACAAAGGAAACCUCAACCGCUGCAUUGCAGAUAUAGUUUCUCUCUUCAUAACUGUGAUGGACAAGCUGAGACUGGAGAUCAGGGCCAUGGAUGAGAUCCAGCCAGACCUGAGGGAAUUGAUGGAAACCAUGAACAGAAUGAGCAACAUGCCUCCAGACUCAGAGGCUAAUGACAAAGUCAGCCUUUGGUUGACCACCCUCAGCAGCAUGUCGGCCUCUGACGAGUUGGAUGAUAACCAGGUGCGCCAGAUGCUGUUUGAUCUUGAGUCGGCCUACAACGCCUUCAACCGCUUCCUCCACUCUUCCUGAAGCAUUCGUCCACCAUUGAUCCAUCUGUCUGAAAUUCGGACUCUAAUAUCUAUUAAGUUAUAAAAAGAAACUCUACUUUUUCCUUCUGGUUAUUGGUGGAUUUAUAUCUGUGCAGGUUUUUUGUCUCAUAUCAACCAAGGUCUUACCUAUCUAAUUUCCUACUUCGGUUUUGCAGUGCACAACAAACUGGCAUGAUACAAUUAUAUUGGCCAAAGUCAACACUUUGCCCAUAGGUUGCUGCAGGCAGGGUUUUGUAUUUGGAAGAUUAGAUUGUUUUUCUCUUUGGUGCCCUAAUUAUAUUACAUACCUGCCACUUGGGGCCAUAUAAACACAUUUUGCUCCAUGUAACAGUUUUAUAUCAUGUUAUUACUAAAGAAUCCUGCAAUAGUUUUUUCGGAUAGUGUAAAAGUGGACUGUUGGGAAAUGAACGCAGUUGAUAGUUUUAAGAUUCAACUGCACAAGAAUUUGAUAGGGAAAUUUGUGUUAACAUAAUUCUUUAGUUAGGGGAGCACAUUGCAAUUUAUCAUUGUAAAUAAGUUUAAAUGAGCAUGUAACUUUUUAGAAAUAAAGGUGAAAAAAAA